AUGAGUUCGGCACCACCGCCACCGUACGCAUAUGAAAAGCCAACGAAUUAUCAACAAGCACCGCCACCACAGUCGGUGCCAGUUCAACCUAUGACUAUGAUUCAACCAGUAUACAUUGGAGCUCCAAUACAAGUUGUUGGUGAUUAUCCAAUGCAAUGCACAUGUCCUCAUUGUGCGCGACAGAUUGUUACACGUACAGAAAAAAAGAAUGGCCUUUUAGUUUGGCUUAUCUGUGGUGGUCUUGUUUUAUUCGGGUUUUGGCUUUGCUGCUGUAUACCGUUCUGUGUCGAUAGUUGCAAAGAUACAGAGCAUUAUUGUCCAAAUUGUAGUGCAGUACUCGGUGUUAACAAGAAACUAUAA